UUCUAUUAACAAUUUAUAGUCAAAUUAUAUAGCGUUAUAAACUUAUAAUAUGAAGACUUACGUACUUUUCUAAUCAAAGAGAGUAUAUUAAUAUAAUAUUAUCAGGCACUAGCAUUAGUCAGUGGCUACUGAGUAAAGCUUUGGGCCACCGAGAGAAACCAUUUUCUGAGAGCACACUUUCGUUGACUUCUCUUUAACCAAUGUCUUUAACCACAGUCCCUACGCUCGCCAUCAGAUCCGGACCAUCCGGUCAUCACUCGAUGCCGGUUCUUGGUUUUGGAACCGCCGCUUCUCCGCUACCGGAACCAACGAUGCUGAAAGAGACGGUGAUUGAGGCUAUUAAGCUUGGUUAUCGCCAUUUCGACACCUCUCCAAGGUACCAAACGGAGGAGCCGAUCGGCGAAGCUUUAGCGGAGGCGGUUUCACUCGGCUUAGUUCGAUCUCGAUCUGAAUUCUUUGUCACUACCAAACUUUGGUGUGCUGAUGCUCAUGGUGGUCUCGUCGUACCGGCGAUCAAACGGAGUUUGAAAAACCUUAAACUGGACUAUCUUGAUCUUUAUAUAAUUCAUUGGCCGGUUAGCUCGAAACCUGGUAAAUACAAGUUUCCUAUUGAUGAAGAUGAUUUUAUGCCAAUGGAUUUCGAAGUAGUGUGGUCUGAAAUGGAGGAGUGUCAGAGACUUGGGCUCGCAAAAUGCAUAGGAGUAAGCAAUUUUUCAUGUAAGAAGCUUCAACACAUACUCUCUAUCGCGACAAUCCCGCCUAGCGUCAAUCAAGUUGAGAUGAGUCCAAUAUGGCAACAAAGAAAGCUAAGGGAGCUUUGUAGAUCGAACGACAUUGUUGUCACAGCGUACUCGGUGUUGGGAUCUAGAGGAGCUUUUUGGGGAACUCCCAAAAUUAUGGAAUCUGAUGUUCUCAAAGAAAUAGCAGAAGCAAAGGAAAAAACAGUGGCCCAGGUGAGUAUGAGAUGGGCUUAUGAACAAGGAGUGAGCAUGGUAGUGAAGAGCUUUACCAAAGAGAGAUUAGAAGAGAAUCUAAAGAUAUUUGAUUGGUCUUUGACAGAGGAUGAGACACAGAGAAUUUCAACUGAGAUUCCUCAGUUCAGAAACGUCCACGGAGAGGUUUAUACCUCUAAGAAAGGUCCCAUCAAAUCUGUCGCCGAGAUGUGGGACGGGGAGAUCUGAUCACUUUGUGUGAAAAUAGCCUAUUGAAAACGGCACAAUUAUCAUUCGUCACAAUGAUUUUCUUGUCAUUCUCUCUAAUAAUGAAAUAAUGAAUAAUGAAUAAGGACUAUCUCCAACAUAAACGAUUUGUCAUUUAGACACAGCGUAGUACGGAAGUGGAGUAGAACUUGGCUAAUAAGAUUGGAUUCACGAC